AGUAUCCAAGGUAUCAACACACAUUUCUUGAUUCCUGAGUUUGAUAAUUAAGGGAUAUUAUGAGAUCGACCGUCUUCAUUUUGGCGGGGCUCUUUGCUCUGUUUGCAAACACCAUCAAUGCAAGAAAAGAUCCAGGGGCGUACUGGGAAGCUGUCAUGAAAGAUGAGCCAAUGCCUCAAGUAAUCCAAGGCCUUGUUGAUGAUGCAAGUAAAGUUACAUCUCCGCUGUCCCCCCAAAAGAACCACUGCAACACAACCCCAACCAAUUCUCGCACCUUUCAGCCAACCCCUAAUCUCUCAUCUUACAAUGAUGAUGAUAAACUGAAAGCCCAAAGAUCUUUCAGAAACGACUUUGAGCCGAGACCUAGUGCCUCAGCUUAUACAGAUGCGAGUGAAGUGAAACAAGAGAAAUCUUUCGUGAAAGACUUCGAGCCUAGACCUAAUCUAACAGCUUACACCGAUAAGAGUGACGCAGAGAAAGACAAAGAUUUUGAGCCAAGGCCUAAUUCGUCUGCAUAUAAUGAUAAUAAGGAUAUGAAAGAAGAGAACUCUUUCACUAAAGUGUUUGAGCUGAGGCCUAAACUUUCAGCUCACAAGGAGUCGAGGAGGCAAUUAAAGAAAGCCAUUGAGAGUGAUCUCAAGGCUCUGUGGAUGUCGACCGUGUCUGUUAAUCAGGAGGGGUAGUAGCCGGGGCAUGCAUACAGCAGAAGAAGAAUCAUAAGUGCAUUGCCUGUAGCAACUGAUGAAGUCUACAAGAGUUUCUCGUUUGUGUGUGUGCGCGUAUCCGAGUCGAUGUUCAAGUGUUGGAUUGUGCGUUAAAGUUUGUUUGAGUUUGGUGCAAGCAUGAUGCAUGUGUUAUCAAUUACUCUAUAUAGUGUGCGCAUUCCUCUCAAA